AUGUCGUACCAACAAAAUCCCUACUCCCCAUCAGCUCCGCAAGCCGCCGGGCACCAAGAGAGUGAGGCAAAUCGCUGGGGAGUUGGCCGUUAUGAAAUGCAGCCCUUGAACAACCAGCAACCGGUCAGCUAUCAGCAACACCAACCACCACAGCAGCAGUACCAUGGGCUUUCAGAAUCGCAGUUUUUGGACCAGGUCCAGGCCUUGCGCGGCGACAUGAAAGACCUGAACCAAUCUCUCGAUGAACUCAACAAGCGUCACAAGCGAAGUCUGGCCGACAGAGAUGCCAAGGAUCAGUUCAGUGACUAUCGCGCCGAAGUGCAACGUCGGCGGACGGCCAUCCAAGAUGGAGUCAGGCGCCUUGAGGACGACCUCGCCCGUACCAGUCCCUCCGACAAGGCCCGCCAGGUCAAGAAGCGCCAUCUUCAGACGUUGAAGACUCCUCUACAAAAGGUCGUGGAAAAAUACGUCAGUGUGGAACAAGACAUCCGAAACGGCGAGGAAACGGAGAGGAUACGCCAAUUGGGACUUGUUCACCAGGAUUGGGACUACGCAAGACUUCAGGAAGAAGCUCGCCGCGACUGGGGCGAUGAAGGUGUUUUCCAGGAUGCUCUCAUGAACAAUCGUACUGAACAAGCCACUGAGGUCCUUGGUAAUGUACGCGCUCGCCAUAUGGACUUGCAACGCUUGGAGAAGGACACUUCCGAGCUUGCCCUCUUGUUCCAGGAACUUGCCACCAUGGUUGAGCAACAAGAAGAAACAGUCGUAGCCACAGAGCAACAUGCUGAACACACUGUCGACAACAUGGAGGCAGGCAAUCAGCAAGUCAAGGUAGCAACAGACCAUGCUCGUCGUGCACGCAAGCUCAAGUGGUGGUGCCUCCUCCUCGUCGUCAUCAUCUUCAUCGUUGUCGCUCUCGGCGUUGCGCUGGGCAUCUGCCUCAACAGUAAUAGGUGCAGUAGUGGCAAGAAGUGA